GAUUGUAUCGACUUUGUCCGAGCUUCUUCAAUUCCUUCUCCCCUAAGCCUUCCACCUCGUUAUUCUUCUUCCUCGACUCCUUCUUCUUCUUCUUCUUCUUCCACGUCAAGUUCUGGUUGUCGCUGCGUGAGUCUCCGUUCCAGUCCAGCUUCGAGAAAUCGUUUUUCGUGGGCCCUGAUGGGAACCUCCGACAGUUAUGAGCCCAAUAGCGUGACCGGAGCGGCUGGUUAUGUCCUCGAGGACGUGCCCCAUUUGACUGAUUAUAUUCGUGAUCUUCCUACCUGUCAAAAUCCGUUGCAAGACAAUCCUUCGUACUCAGUCGUGAAGCAGUAUUUUGUCAAUGCCGAUGACUCUGUUGCUCAGAAGAUUGUAGUUCACAAAGAUAGUCCAAGAGGCACACAUUUUCGACGUGCUGGACCCCGUCAAAAGGUGUACUUCGAGCCAGAUGAUGUUCACGCUUGUAUUGUGACAUGCGGGGGUCUCUGUCCUGGGCUCAACACAGUGAUCAGAGAAAUAGUAUGUGGCCUGUACCAUAUGUAUGGCGUGAAGAAAGUUCUGGGGAUUGAUGGAGGAUACAGGGGCUUCUAUGCUCGAAAUACAAUUACUUUGACUCCUAAGGUUGUGAAUGAUAUCCAUAAACGUGGUGGAACCACCCUUGGAACAUCACGAGGUGGCCAUGAUACCAAUAAAAUAGUUGAUAGCAUUCAAGAUCGAGGGAUAAACCAGGUUUACAUAAUUGGAGGAGACGGAACUCAAAGAGGGGCGUCUGUCAUAUUUGAGGAAAUUAGAAGGCGUGGUCUCAAAGUUGCAGUGGCUGGAAUCCCCAAAACCAUUGAUAACGACAUCCCGGUUAUUGACAGGUCCUUCGGCUUUGACACUGCUGUUGAGGAGGCUCAGCGUGCUAUUCAUGCAGCACAUGUAGAAGCUGAAAGUGUUGAGAACGGUAUUGGUGUUGUGAAGCUAAUGGGUCGCUACAGCGGGUUUAUUGCAAUGUAUGCUACUCUUGCAAGCCGAGAUGUGGACUGUUGCUUGAUUCCUGAGUCACCAUUUUAUCUUGAAGGUCCAGGCGGUCUUUUCGAAUACAUAGAGAAACGACUCAGAGAAAAUGGGCACAUGGUUCUUGUGAUAGCUGAAGGCGCGGGACAGGACCUGCUUUCUGAGAGCAUUCAGUCUAUGGGUAAGCAGGAUGCUUCUGGAAACAAGCUUCUCCAGGAUGUUGGGCUGUGGAUAUCACAGAAAAUUAAGGAUCAUUUUUCCAAUCAAACUAAGAUGGUCAUGAACCUCAAAUAUAUAGAUCCUACUUAUAUGAUUCGAGCUGUUCCAAGCAAUGCCUCUGACAAUGUAUACUGCACGCUUCUUGCUCAUAGUGCGGUUCAUGGAGCAAUGGCAGGUUAUACGGGAUUUACGGUUGGGCCGGUCAAUGGAAGACAUGCUUACAUACCAUUCUAUAGGAUUAUUGAGAGACAGAACAAUGUUGUGAUUACUGAUAGAAUGUGGGCUAGGCUUCUGUCUUCAACGAAUCAGCCAAGCUUCUUGAGUGCUAAAGAUGUCAUUGAAGACAAAAGAGAGGAUGAACUACCCACCCAGAUGUUGGAUGAUGAGCAAUAUUCCGAUGACAACAAUAUGGUGAACAAAGAUUUCAGCCAUGCUUUAUGAGUCAGUACUCAUAAUCCUUUCUUUGAGGAUACUGUCAUUGCUGUAGUCUAAUUCCUACCCAGUCUUGUUCUUCUGUAAGUGAUAUUGAAGCUUAAAUUCAUGGUUUUCCAAUGCCAUGAGAAGCAUUUGGAAAAAGUUAUCCCACUUGGGUAUAAGUUUUGUUUGCUGAUAGAUAAUAUGGAUCUUAAGGAAUCGCAUAUGCGAGAUGAUUUAUGGCAUCACAGUCACAACCUUUUCCCACCUUGGAAAGCACUAGCACAAUGGAGUUUUGUCUGUCUGCUGAAGAUGUUGACAUUUUCAAUUAAAA